AAUCUCGCAGUCGCGCGACUCGCCAGCCUGGCCCUGGUGCUUGUCCGGCGCAGCGAUGCAGAGCCGCCAAUCAAUCAAUUUUGAGCCGUCCUUGUCCAGGAGGCUCCUCAUAGUCCCACUCUUUGCCUGCUGCCCACCAUUUCGCAUCGCCCUUCUGUUCCCUCUUCACCAAGCUGAUCAUCAUGUCCAGCACGCCCACCGCCAGACCUGCUACUUCGGCAGCCCAGGGACCUCGAGCUGAUUUGGCGCCUAAAGUAUCUGCGGCGUCUGGCCAGCAUGGCACUCGCAAAGCCUACGUGCCCGCACACAUGCGUAGCUGCCCCGCAGCUGCGACUCCCGCACCUGCAACGCAGACGCCCGUCAUCUGCUACACGCACGGUCAAGUCCUCAUCAAUGGCCGCCACUCGAUCCGUGGUGGUGUGGGCGUCUGGUUUGAGCGCAGCCGCCACCAUCAUCUCAACGUCGCCGAGCCGCUACCCUCUAUGGUGCGCAAGGACCACAAGGGCGAGUCGGUCAAGAGGGCCGAGCUUUGGGCUAUCAUCCGGGCCCUCCAAUCCGCCCCGGCUGACCGAUCCCUCACGAUCAUUACGGACUCGUCCUACGCCGUACGAGCGAUCAACGACCUCGUGCCCUUGUGGGAGUCGCGACGCUGGCGCAAUUGCAAGCGUCAGCCUGUAGCCAAUGGCGAUCUCAUUCGUGAGGUACUGCAGGAGUGUGAUGCUCGCCGUCUGAGGGCGGGAUGCAAGAUCAAGAUUGAGCUGUUGAGCGAAGACGAUGUUGCGCUGGAUGGGUGGGAGGAAGCGAGGGAGUGAGUGCGCGAUUGCCUGCCAGAGGAUUGAAGAAUCGGCUGACAGCCUCUCCUCAUCGCGCCUUCCCUUCCUCUUCGUCGAUAGUCUGGCAUCCAAGGGAGGCGACAGACACUGUUGCUACAGAUGCUUUGAGUCGUCGAGGGGAAUUCCCCUCUCUGACUCCAUCACCGAUGCCACGAGCACCAUUUCUGCCUCGUCGUCCGAUUGAAGGUCUCUGUCGGGUCACUUUCCUCUUUCAAGUCGCGCUGGUCUCUAUGAUCAUGAUGUGU